UUGCAUUCUUCCUCCUUCCCCUUCAUCCCCGUCCGUCGUUCGUUGCCCAUGAAAGCAUCUGGUUUUCGCCAGAAAACGCAAGAGUUUGUGUGAAACCUGCUGGCUCGGCUGGCCUUUUUCAAAGUUACAUUUUACUCUGAACUAGUCUCAACUGACUGUCCGGCCCGCGGCAACCAGUGUUUCGUGAGCACCAUGGCCGCGAUGGCUAUGGAACCGUGCGAGGUUGAGUUUGAUGCUUGGCUCGGAUGCAAACUUCGGGAUUUGAAUACAGAUGAAGGAGUUUUUGGUUCUUACAUCAAGGGAAUUCUAAACGGAGACGAAAGCAACGACGAGAAGAUAGAAGCUUUAGAAGACAUAAUUUCUGAAAUUACCGAAAAUGACAUAUCUGAGCUUUGUAGAGAAAUUCUUGAGGAAUGGCAAAAAGGAAUGAAAUCUCAAACCACCGAAGGAAGAACAGAUGAAGAUGAUGUUGAAAAGAAACUUGUCAAGCUGUUAGAGUCUCAAACUCUUCAGACAGUGCAGCAAAAGCAAUAUACUGAAGAAGAAAGACGGCUUCGAGAGGCUAUAUUAGCUCAGUAUAGUCAAAUCCAAGUUCAGGACGAAUGCGACUUCGACGAAGAAGAAGAAGGUGAUGAUAUUGGCAUUGAGAAGAAUACCAAUGUAUUGUCAAUCCAACAGGCUGAAAAGGAAAAGAGGGAGCAGGCAAGACUUGACAGUCAACAAAAGAAAGAGAAAGACAAAGCAGAUAGAGAAAAGCAGAAACAGCAGCAAGCUGAAAAAAAAGAAAAGCGAAAGACCCAAAAGUCUGAGAGAAGACGAUAAUGUUCAGCUUUUCAUUUUAGAUCUUUCAAAUUAAUUUAUUGGAGUCAUUCUUUUAAUUAAUUCAUGGAUUGCAGAUUUCCCUUUCAUGGGAAUCUUUGGCCAAGUUUCUGUUUUAUGUGAUAUAACAAUCUUACUUAUAAAGUAGCAGAAAUAGAUGUUUUUUGUUUAUCAAACUUUGCAGGUAAAGAUGCAUCUGUGAUGAAUUUUGGACAGUACUUAUCCUUCUGGAAUGACUCUCUAUUUAUUGUUAAUAAAAAUGCUUCAGCUGUAGAAGUGUUUGUCUUAAGAUAAUUUUAAUUUUGCAUAAUAAAUUUGCAGAUGUGUGAUGGGA